GACAGAAGUCCGGAAGUUCGAGAGAUUGUGCUCUAGUCCCCUUCCGCUGAUUCGGUACGCUCCCCUCGGUUCCCGCGCAAGUGUGUGUCCCGAGGCGUUCUGGUUCCGAUCCGCUGUGCUUCCCUUUUUCAUGUUCGUGCCCUGCGCGGGUCAUUGCUUGCGGACCUGGAUUGGGCACACGGAGGAUUGAGCAAACGAGGCGCGUGCGGAGGAGCGAGCGGAACGGGCCGCUUGUGGAGCUUGUUGGUAACUGAGGCCAGAGGGAGGCGAGUUGAGUACCUAACUAGGAUUCUUGAGGAUGUAGGCUGAGUCUGCUGUGAAGUGAAACCCAGGUUCCAGGGAUGUACAUGCAGGUGGAGACACGAACCAGCACCCGCCUCCAUCUGAAGAGGUCUCCAGGCAUCCGAUCUUGGUCCCUGCUGGUCGGAAUAUUAUCCACUGGCCUGGCUGCUGCCUAUUACAGUGGAGAUAGUCUGGGCUGGAAGCUCUUCUAUGUCACAGGCUGCCUGUUUGUAGCUGUACAGAACUUGGAGGACUGGGAGGAAGCCAUUUUCAACAAGAGCACUGGGAAGGUCAUCUUAAAAACGUUCAGCCUCUACAAGAAGCUGCUGACUCUUCUCAGAGCAGGCCAUGACCAAGUGGUGGUCCUGCUAAAAGACAUCCAGGAUGUGAAUGUGGAGGAGGAAAAGGUCCGUUACUUUGGGAAGGGCUACACUGUGGUGCUCCGGUUCGCAACAGGCUUUUCCCAUCCCCUUACUCAGAGUGCAAUCAUGGGCCGACGCAGUGAUGUGGAAGCCAUUGCCAAACUCAUCACUAGUUUCUUGGAGUUGCACCGCCUGGAGAGCCCCUCAGAACGGUCCCAAAGCAGCGACAGUGAAGCCGAUGGCCCUAGUGACCAAAGCUGACAGUGUGGAAUGGCUGCUGGUAAAUGCCACCCCUUUCUGACAUGUCUCCAACUGACUUGCCAGUUAUGAUCUGUGCAGACAGAUUUUGGGCAUCUGACUGGCUCCUUGGGCAGUUCUUGUGUGGACCACCUGCCUUUUGCUUGUUUACGCUUCUACGCUUUGCAGAACCAUGGGCUGGACAUCUUCCACAACCCAGAAAGGCCGCAUCUAUCAGGAUGCAGGAGGUGGGUACUACAUCCAGAGGAGGGCAGCAAAUUAGAAAUGAGUGCCUUCUCCAGGGACAGACUACAGCUCCGGUUUAGGCCACAGCCUGGUUUGGAUAAGCUCACCAAAGGGCAUCCAAGGUAUUAGAUGCCAGUCUUUCUUCAGCGCAGCUCUGGUAUCUGCCUUGAAGAGGCCCUGCCACCCCAGGCUACGUAGUCAAGGCUCCACUUCACAGUGAGAGUGACACCCACAUGCAUGUAAGGAGGACCCACUCCUUCUGUGCACAGUGGUGCCGACUUGUUAUAGAUCUUGAUGUCUCCUCUCCCUGACCAGCCCUCCUCAAGAUGAACAUUCCUGGUGGUCAGGGGCUUCCCUGAAGGCAGCUCGAAUGCUGAAUGCCCGGGUGCUGCCUGGCUGCAGAACUCUGAGAAGUCAGAGUGCUGCUGACUGCCCUGGUUCCUGCCUGGGACCACUGAGAUUCCAGCAGUGCUGUAGCACCACUGUUAGGAACAGAAGGCUCUCCCAACCCAAACCAGGAAGAAGCUGCCAGUGGGGGAAAGGCCACCUCUUCUGGUUUUCUGCAGCCUUUGAGAACCGGGAGCUCCUUUUCAGAAAAAUUGAGGCUUAGCCUCCCAAGCCUUGAAAAGACCUGGGGAAGACAGGCACGUGAUACACAUCCCUACAGAUCCCAGCCUUACAAGUGAGGCAGGAAGAAAGUUCAAGACCAGCCUGGGCACGGCCUCUUCUAACAGAAGCUGUUCCAGCCCCUGACGGCCUUCUCUGCUCUUCUAGCUCUCUGAGCUGACUCAAGUCCCUCAAAAGCACAGUGUUCACUAAGUUGCAGGAAGCUUGGCUUCCAGGCCGAAAAGCUGUGGACCUCUGGUCUACACACAGCCCCCAAAGCUGUGUGCCUAUCCCUGGCCAGGUAGAACUGGGAAACUGAGGAGUUAUAGAGACAAAGAGGUCAAGGCAGCCUUGGGGCCAUUGUACUGGGUUAAACAGGAAUAGUUAGGCCAGAACCUUUAACACGUCUUUUUAAAGUGACUGCUAUCAGUUCUGACUUGGGGAAUAUGGUUGAACAUGUCAAAGUGAGCUUUUUUGUUUUGUUUUUUGAGACAGGGUUUCUCUGUGUUUCUCUGGCUGUCCUGGAACUUGCUCUGUAGACCAGACUGGCUUUGAACUCAAGAGAUCUGCCUACCUCUGCCUCCAAGUGCUGGGAUUAAAGGAAGGCGUGUGCCACCACUGCCUGGCAGAAUGAGUUUUUUCAACGGUCGAAUUAGACCAUUUUUUCUUCACAAAUGAAAAGCUGUUGCGUUUUGACUUGUUGCCUACAGGCUUGUAAGGUACUUUAGACAAGGGGGGAGUCUGUCUCUUGGGUGCUGUCCUAUCCCCUUCCUGUAUUUCCCAGUGCUGGGACUCAUUCCUGGGUGAAGGAACAAAGCCCCCUAGAGCCAGGUAGUGGCAAGAAGCUGAUUCAGGUUUCUGCUAGUGGGGCUCCUGCUUCUGCUGGUCUUUUUAUUUCAUAAUAAAGCUCUACAUGCAAAUUGCAAA